AUGAGUCGUCUUUUCCUAAUCCUUCCACUUUCCCUUGUGACACUUUGUGUUGCUCAGGAAUAUUAUGUCAAUCGAAUCAAGAUUGAAACUUAUCACAAUAAUAAAGGAAACGAUAAGACCUUCACUUACUACGUUGCCGACAGUUUCGAUCAAGUUCAACUAGACAACUUCAAGACGGACGCUGGAUCAAUUGGAAGCUUGUACGAAGAUGAUUAUGUUAGCAGUGACACAUGCAGCACCAUUCAAUGUGCAAAUUUAAGAAGAAUCUAUGAGCACACAACAACUGAUGGAGCAAAAACAACCACCCGUAUCCUUGACUCCGCAUUGAAGGCCAGUGAGAAGGCAACAACUGCUAAACCAAUUGGACUCGUGGCCCCGUAUCCAGGAUACUGUAGUUCUGAUGACAUGGUUCCAAUUAUUGAACUCUUCUCAAAAACUUUGAAUCAAUAUGCUUACUGGUCUCCACUGCAACCAAAGCAACUUGUGAACAUUGAAUCAAAUACCGUUGACACUUCCCGAUACGUUCCGACGCGUCUUGUUGGAUACGCUCUCGCUUCUGAUCAGGAAAGACUUGUUCUUGAAAAUGCUGCCCCAGACUAUAAAAAGCCUAUUUCAAAAGCCAACUACAGCACUGCACAAGAAUUUGUGAAAUUGGACAACAUCUGCGGAGAAAGAUGGGCGGUCUACAGCGCUGGAGACAAGGUUGAAAGAAAGUACGGUCUUCUCGUUUCCAAAAAUCCAGGAGCAAACCUUCUAGCAUACUCCAUCGCUGGAUAUAUUUUCAAGGAGAAUAGACCAAAGUGUGGAGGAAUCAAGGGAUUGGCUGAGUUGAAGGAAUUCAAGCACAAAACCAAGACCAAUUACUAUGUCUAUGCCAAUGAUCCAGCAAAGGUUCAAGCAUUGACCAAUGAUGGCAACUAUGACAAAACCGACAAGUUCCUUGGAUAUCUUCCACUUGAUCAGUUUGGAUUCCUUCUCAUCAAUGCUGUUAUGUGAUUUGAUUUGGAAUGAAUAUUUGUUU